AUGUUGGGGGAAAUCAAUGACGAUUUCGACAUGCUUGAAAAGCGCUUCGAGCAGAAAUACGAAGUCACUGAGCCAAAGGCCCUCGGAGAGGGGACCUACGGCAAGGUCUACAAGGCUGUCAGCAGGGAGAGCAACCAGGUGGUUGCGAUUAAGAGGAUAAAGCUUAAUCCCGAUGAUGACGAGGGUGUGCCGAGCACAGCUUUGCGCGAGGUGGCUGUGCUAAAGGACCUGGAUAGCGAAUACGUUGUGAAGCUGUUUGAGGUGUUUUGCUCUCCGAGCAAGCUCGUGCUUGUCUUCGAGCUCAUGGAGAAUGAUCUCAGAAAGUACAUGAAGCAAGCUGGAGGGAAGAUUCCAUCGCAUCAGGUGAAGAGCCUCUGCUGGCAGCUUGUGAAAGGCCUCGAAGUCUGCCAUGCUUGCCGCAUCAUACAUCGUGACAUAAAGCCCCAGAACCUGUUGAUCGAUGCCAAUCAUAGGCUGAAGCUGGCUGACUUUGGCCUUGCAAGGGCGUUCAUGGUCCCAGUUCCGAAGUAUACCCACGAGGUUGUCACAGUGUGGUACCGGGCACCAGAGAUCCUGUUGGGCUCUGCUGGCUACAGCAUCGCGGUAGACAUGUGGGCCGUGGGUUGCGUGUUCGCUGAGAUGGCGACCGGCCGUCCCAUGUUUCAGGGAGAUUCUGAGAUAGACACGAUCUUCAAGAUCUUUCAGAAGCUGGGCACUCCCAAUGAUAUCAGUUGGCCGGGAGUCCAGGACUUGCCAAAUUUCAAGACCGCCUUCCCCCAGUGGAGACACAAAGGCUGGGCAAACAUCCGCAACACCAAGGAGAAGGUGGGCGAAUCUGGCAUUGACCUCCUGGAGAAAUUCCUGGCGUAUGCCCCCAAGCAGCGGUGGAGCGCUCGAAAGGGACUGGCGCACCCUUACCUGGCAGAUGCUGGGCCUUGA